AUGUAUAUUGGAAAUUUAAAAUUAAUUGAUGUAAUUGAAAUUUUAAAUUUGAAACUUCCAUAUCGAAGUAAAUUAACGGAGCGUAUUGCGCCCGGUCAAACAUUAAUCGUAAAAGGCAAAACAUUGAAUGAUGCAAAAAAGUUUGGUGUUGGGUUACAUCGAGACAGUCCAGAUUUUAAUGGCGGUGAUAUUCCAUUGCAUAUUAGCGCAUGUUUUAACAAAGGAAAGAUAGCAUUUAAUACAUUUUCGAACAAUAGUUGGGGAAAAAAGGAGAAACAGAAGUUACCAUUUAAAAAAGGAAAUGCAUUCGAUUUACGAAUUCGAGCACAUAAUAGCAAAUUUGUGAUUUAUUGUGAUGGU